UACUGGAAGUGAAUUCUCAAUCAGCCGAUUUGUUGUCGACAGCGUGUGUUCCGCUGUUGCCGAAGUGUUGACAUGGGAUCUUGCCGCCCGUCAUUGACACAUCAUGCUGCUAAUACUCCAGGAAUCCUAGACUCUCGGCACACGUGUCCAUGAGUACUUGAUCUAGGAUGCAAGAGCUGGAGAGUGCCCUCCUUUCAGAAUGCGACCUGAAUACACUGCGCCAGGUUUCCAAGAUGAAGCCAGUCCCAGAAUGCUUUCGUGCAUACGUUUGGAAGAUAAGCUUGGGCGUCAAAGGUAAAGAACUUGGUGAUUGGGACGAGAUUUAUGACCUUGCGGAGCAGUCACUGAUUAGAAAAGACUGUCAGGCACUUGUUGAUAGGUUUGGUAAUGAUGAAGAGGAAAAGCUGUCUGUCCUGUGUGACCUUGAGUCUGUGCUGACCCGGUUCUGCAAGACCACCGGCUUCCACUACGAGAGCAGCAAUGGUUGGAUGGAGGUACUGGAGCCCCUCAUCGCGCUCCACUUGUCAAAAGAAGAGCUUUACCUUUGUUUCCAUGCCCUGAUCACCACCUACGUUCCUAGGAAUUGCGUGAAAGAUGGAGCCCCUUUCCACCUUCUGCGGCUGCUGCUAUUGUACCAUGACCCAGAACUGUGCUCGUUUCUCGACACUAUGAAAAUCACCCCAGACUGCUAUGCCCUGCCUUGGUUUCGGAGUCUCUUCUCGUCCACGUGUGACCUGAAAGUGAUCCAGAACAUGUGGGAUAUCUACCUUCAGCUGGCUGACCCGUUCCUUCUGUUCUAUCUCAGCCUUGUGCUCUUGGCAAACACCAAAGAAGAAAUUAUGUCGAGGAAAGGUGACGGCAAAGCUGCAAUCAUAGAACUCAUAUCAUCUGCUCCUUGUGCCUUAGAAGCAGAAGACAUUGAAGAUUUCUGCUCACUCGCCCAGUUUUACUCAACGAGGACUCCCCUGUCUUUUAGUCGGGAACAUCAUGCCAUCAUAUUUGGCUCAGAAGAAUGUGUGGACAAGGACCUUCCCCAGGCACUAUGCCUGCCUGUGUCUGUCUCCGAGCUUGUCACGACAAACAGGCUGGAAAGGCAUACAUUGGUGCGCUACUUUGUGGUGGAUUGCAGGCCUGCCGACCAGUACAACAGUGGGCACCUCAAAACAGCAUUUCACUUGGAUGCCAGCUUGAUGCUGCAGGAGCCGCGUGCCUUUGAGACGGCUGUGCAAGCGCUGUUUGCAGCCCAGAAGCAGUCGAUGGAGGCCAACUCGGUGGCCAGCGGCGAGCACCUCUGCUUCAUGGGCAGCGGCCGGGAGGAGGAAGACCAGUACGUGCACAUGGUGAUCUCGAGCUUUCUUCAGAAGCACCUGCAAUACGUUGGCCUCGUCCGGGGUGGAUACAAAGCACUGCAUGACUUCAUCUCGGAAGAUUUGGACUCUUUUCUUGCCGACCACAGUCCACGGCUAUGCAUCGUCUGUUCCUCCUCCAGUGCCAGUUCCACAAACGGCAUGGACGAUGACGACGUCUCCUUCUUCGCUAAAGUGCAACAGGUCACCACUGUGUUCAAGAGCAGAGCCAGCGACAUGAAGGGCAAGCUGGUGGAAUACAUUACGAAUCCACAGCAACCGCCUGUUGAAAGGCACGUGAGCAGCUCAGACAAAUUGGGCAAGCGGUACCGCGGCAUGGCACCGGUCUUCAGCAUUGAUGACGAACACGAUGAUUUUGGUGGUCACGGUGACCUAGAUGCGUCAGUGCAAGAAGAGGAGAGCAUUAGCACAUGGGUGAAAAAGCCGGAGGUUCUGGGGCACUUCAAGUGUGAAGAAAUCAAAGAGAAUGGACAUCUCUACCCCAGUCACUUGCUUGUGACUCAUACUCACCUGUACCUGCUGCGUGAGCUGAGCCACAAGAAGGGAACUGCCCGGGUGGUGUCGCAGAGACCCCUCCUCUCGGUGCUCAAGAUCACCAGCAAGAAGCAACACCCGGAGCUGAUCACCUUCAAGUAUGGCCUGAAUGACAAUGCCACGGGCACCUUCACGGUCGUCGCGAUGGAGCGCCUACUCAUCCCUAAGGCCAAGGAGGCCACACAGCUCGUCAAGACCCAGAUCACCAAGCUGCUCGAGGAGACCGAUGCCAGGUAAUGGGAGCUGCAAGGCCAUUUGAGGUCAAUAUGUAUGGGAUCAAGAGAAAACAUUCAAGAGCCAAACGUUUCACCACUGCAAGAUCGGGACGGUGCAACGCUGACUGCACUUUUUUUUCUUUUAUAACAAUGACAUGUUGCAGUGACUUCGCCCUUUCUUUUGCUUGAUGCUAUUACAAGCUUGCAUGCAUCCUCUAGGGGUGUUUCUUAUGCUUAGUCGAAGUUGUGGGCUUUGAACGAGAGCAUACUAACUGGUACUUGUAAAGGCUUAUUUUUUUGUGCUGGACUCAUGCUCGUAGUAGACGAACUGUAGACCGAAAUUGUGGCGGAGAGCUUGUCGUGGAACUUGCUUUGUGAAUUUCAAACUUGCUUGAUUCUGUAAGGAAAGUUCGCAUUGGAUGUGCUCAAAUGGAUUUCACUCCUUUGCUACACAACGAUCAUUAAUGUAGAACAAAGCACCUUUGCUUUGUUUGGCAGGGUGCUACAGUAGUCAAGGAAAAUCUUUGCAGCAUAUUUUUAAGCUUUACGAAUGUGAUCGUCUCACUCACACUGUAUAGUUUUCGAUGCUGUGAGGCAUGUGUUUAAUGUCUCCACAUCUAGUGAUGUUGUAUUUAGCAAUGAUAACAUUAGAGUACAAGCUGAUGAAAUCACAGGUGUAACUAAAUGCAAAUUUGCAGCACCUUUUAUGUGGACUAUUCAAAUAAGAGUAGUGAAAUGUAAAGAUUUCAUGCUGAAUUGUAAGAACUGGGCACCCAGGGGUGGAUCACCAGUACUACUGCGGUACUGGAGCAGUAUGAAUUGUUUCUUAUAUAUUUAUUUAUUUAAGGCAGUUUACACCGAUGUAUUGGUCAAAACUUCAGAGCUUAAGACAUCUCUGGAACACGACUGGCCAUGGGAAGUACUUGGUAGUUGUGCCCCUAUUACAUACAAUAAAUUCUUGAACGUGGUUUUUGAAAUGCCUAGGCUUCCUUCAGGGGCUUCUUUUCAGUUAUGUAUAACAAGAUUAUACUAGUGACAAUCGUGAGUGUCAUUUUUAGAUGUAUCUCGUUUUAGAUUUCAAGGGACUACUGUAUUUCUUAUUAAAAGAGCUGAAUAUUUUGAGGAGAAAACAGUGAAGCAUACAGUUAGGUUAAAAAGUUGAUAACAGUGUAGGUUUUUUUUUUUUUCUGUGAUUGUAUCAGCAAAGUUAGGCUUCUGUAUCUAGAAUUAAAAUUCAGGGUAUUGUUCGUGCUUUGCCAUUUGAAAAAGAGAGGAGAGAGAAUGAGACAAUAAGCAGGGCAAUGUUUAAGAAUUUGCACACUGUGUAAUGAUAAGAAUGUUUUCCUUCCUACUCCUCUUUCUUUUUUGCUGCUGCACGAUUUCCCGAACGACAUUGCCCAAAGGGCAAGGUAGAUUGAUUGCAUUGCAUUGGAUAUAUUACCAAGUGAAGCUUCACUGAAUUGAAAUUUCAUCAAACUGGUCUCUGAGGGAGUGUAACAGUCACGAUUCUCAACUCUAACAUCUAGUGUGUGAACCAUUUGUACCUUGUUCACUUGUUUCUCACUGUGGCCAAGCAUCAGAGCUGGCAGUGGCAUUGUCUUCACCAUUGUUUUUUUUUGUUCAUGUUUUAAGGGGCCAUUUAUGGUUUUCAUCAACCCUGUGUUUUGGACUGUUUCCCACAAGCUGAAAACCCUUUAACAUCAUUUUCUUAUGCAAUAUGAUUCUGCAACACAUGGUCAACAAAGCACAAGUUAGCAGAGAAACUAAGUUUCUUGCGUGUUUAUAUAAUGUUGUUGUUCUAGUUGCCGUAAAAUGUACCUGGAGUAAUUUUUAAGGAGCCAAUUAAAAAAGCAGUGACACGAAAUUUCAAAUUCAAGAUGUGGCGUUCAUUCGAUUACUCGAUAUUCCUAAGUUAUUUAAGUGAAGUAUGAAUGGCGUCCGUUACAUCGAAGUUAUUUUAUUUCGAGGGCAAAAAGCGUUCAAGUCUCAACGGCGCAUUCCCGGCCAUUAGACAUUGACAGUACUCUUAAGUGUUCAGCUAGUUUCUAGGCCACAUCAGGCACAAUGUGAUGAUGAGCGAGCAGCGAUGGCGUCUAAAAUGUUAGUGUUGUCAUCGCGGUGUCCAUAUGUGGUACCGUUUGGCGACGACGCCUGGCAACGGCUUCACCUGCUUUGUUUUGCUCGGUUCAUACGUGUUCGUGCAAGUCGUACGUUUUCAUUGUACCGCUUUGGAUGAUUCACCCUGUAGUCGUGAGUGCGAAUUUAAUCAUUCGAAUCUUCGAUCAUUGCGAACAAGUAAUGCGCACACGGUGUUCAUAUGUCUGACCAGUCAGCGUGGCCCACGGGUGCGUCUCCAGUUGCCUCGUCCAAUGUCGAUUUCAGUGUCGAUUUCAGAAUCGCUGUGCAGAAGAGAAUUGAUACGAAAAUGAUUCGCCGUGCCACGAAUUGUGGCUAUUCUAUAUUCUUCGCUGUUUUCAUCGUCGCUUGUGGACGCUGGUGACAGUGGCGAUGAUAGCGGAGGGACGAAGACAUGCCUAUACGUACACGUGUGCGCCGAGCAGACGAAGUGUCAACUGAAUUUCUCGUCACCAUUUCGUGAGGCCACGUGAUCAUGUGGGGAGGGACCACGAGAAGGGACCGCUUGGUAGCACGGGCAGCGCUGAACAGUGGCGAGCUUUGCUCCUGUUUUGAAUUGGGUUCGAUACUGCUCAUACUAAUUGAUAAUACACAUGUAUAUCGCUUCAUCUCUCUGACCUAUUAUCAGUACCGAAUGGUUACUACAAGCUCGAUAACUACGCGUUGACGCGAAAAACGCGACAUGCGUAAUGUUGAUGUCACUGCGCCUUUAAUCUUCCUACUGCCUCCAUAUUUAAUCUUUCAACUAUAUUACUUUAUUUUCAUACAAAUGUCUUUUUGUUUAUACCUGCUGCAAUUUCGUGCAGAAAUCUAACUGAGAAUUUGUUUGAUGUUAGUCAAAUAGAGAAAAGGACCAAUGAACACAUUCCCAAUGUGUGUGCUAUUCAAAGGGAUAUUAAGAAAAAUUGUAUGUUGAGUUAGAUUUGUGUAUGAGAAAAAUGAAAUGCAAAACUUAUGUUCGAACAUUUAAACAGAUUCUUAAGUAGCUAAAAGGGAUCAGAAGCAAAUGUUAGGCCGUGGAAAGUCAUUGAAGUAUCUGUCCAUGGUGUUGAUUUUACUGGUGUAGGCUGGCAACUGGCCAGUUUUUUUAUGUGUUGGAUGUGGUUAGAGUUACUGUAUAUGCUCAUAGGCUCUCUUUGGAAAACCUGAGUUUGUGUUGUCAAUCGGAAUAGCAACCAUGCAGUACAGAGAAGCCACUGCUGAGGUACCGAUAAAAAUGAUUGGCGAUUGCAGCGCCGCCAUGUCACUACAGUUAAGCUCCUUAUUCAAUAACAAGCCCCUGCUUCUGACAUAGGUAUCAACUUAUUCUUUCUUUAUAGCAAAGAUCACAUGAUGAGCACCUUCCUUUUUGUCUUUCGAAAUAAUUUACGGCUGCUGAAGGGCACAUUUUUCAACUGAUGCCAUCACCAAGCCAUGGGUAAUGAAAAGCCGAAUGGUAGAUAUGUUGGAUGUUUCUCUUCGUUAAGAAAAAAAUGUGCUAUUGUUGUUGCGCAGACCUGGAAGCCUAAAAAAAACAGUUCUAAAUUUUUUCUAGUCAAGGGGAUAGAACGCAGGAGUAGUAUCAUUUGACUACGGUAGCAUACGUUGCUGUAAGUGUGCCUAUUGUUUACAUGAGGCACUACUUUUCCUGACAACAAUGAUUGCUUUUGCAUGCAAGGCCCAUGCACAACUCUGGAUUCUAGCAUCAGCCUGUACAGUAACUCAAGUCAGACUAACACUGCAUUAGAACGUGCACGGAUAUUUGAACCAGAAACUUUCCAAAGUACCUUUGUCCUACAAAUUCACCAAAUAACUUAUGUAAACUAUGGCAAUGAAAUUUAUAAUUGGGAUAGACAUAAGAGCUCAUGCCUUGACAGUAACAUUGACAGUAACAUUGAACUUGCUCUUAAUUUUUGCUGCCUGUUAUGAACGAUAUCUAUUAAGUUAUUGCGAAAGGUUUUUGAAGGCUUCCUCUAUAAACUAGCUCAGUGUUUCUUUUGAUGUCCCUUAAACUGCAUUAUUCAUUGUGUUUAACCAAAAUGCUGCUGUUAUGUACUCUAGGCAUGUUUUUUCUCUUUACUUGCUGUUUUGUAGUAACUCAAGUCCUUAGCAAGUGGGCUUACAAAGAAGUGUCUGAUGUACAUUAUUCUGGUGCUUAUUAUAUACGGUAUAGCAUGCCUAAAUAUUAUACAUCGCUGUAGCAAACAGAGCAUGCACUAAUGGCCUGUUUAUAGACCAUUCUAGAAGGGCCACAACAGGCAAAUACUUGAAGCAUAGCUGGAGUGAUCGGUGUCCAUUCUGAACAUCAAUUCUUGGCAUUCAUUUGGCACCUCCAGAUUGCUUAGACAUUUUGAUAUUUGUAGUUGUAGAUCAAAGACAACCCGAAAUAACAAAUGGUGACAAGUCUUCCAUGGGCACCACAGGAUUUCGGACAUUAGUUGGCUAGAUGUUGUAGCCAUAUGGAGAGUUAAAGAUCUUGUAGUUCUGGCAAGUCAUUGAAAAAAAUUGGCAUUGGUGAAGGUGAUAGUAGAAACCCCUAAUCAUCAAACAGCAAAUUCAUAUGUAUAUAUAUAUGUCAAAUGCAACCAUUAUAAUAUUUGUACUACAUUAGCUGCAAUAUUCUAGGUAUAUAUUUGCGUAUGUCCUAUGUGAUUGGGGAAUGAUUAGUUUCACUUAGAUGGCAUACAUCGUAUAUUAUGCCUGUCAUUUUUUUUUUUUUUUAAGAAAGCAGUGUUCUUACUAAGAGGGACACCUUAAAGAUAUUCUAAGGGGUAUGGAUCUGUUACUUCAGCUUGGCUUUUAACCUUUGCCAUUAGUGUCCUUUUGAGGUGGUGUGCCUAUACAUAGUGCUUAUUUAUAAUCCUUGGGUGUAAAGGACUCGCCUGUGUUCUUUUAUGGCGUAUUGAGGAAAUGCUGUUUCACACCUUCCGUCCCUUUGACAGCUCUGGGAAAUUUCUCGGGGCAGUUUUGGUGAAGCCUGUCUGUGAAGUUGAAUGUUGUGUGCCUGUAGGUGUGCAAGAUACUUGAUAUUGACCAAUUAUUGUAUGACGAAAUGUUUGACAGAUGUUGCUCAUGUGAUUGUUACUCAAGUAAGAGGCCUCCGUUGUUCCAGACUUUGCUUUCGGUUUUAUCAUUUUGUUGGCAAGAUGUAAAUAGUAUUUUAUAUAUGUUGUUAGUGUUAGAUGGCUAUGUGUUCUGCUGUACAAUCUAUAGCCUUCUUGUACAUUCAAUAAAAUGUCGAUGGAA